AUGAAUAAUCAAGGUGUCGAAAUCGAAGAACAGCACAUUCCUCCAAUAACUACCAUCGAUAUUGGGCAGAAAACAGAUGAACGACACGAUUCAAUUGUUGAUCUUUGGGCUACUGUGGAUAGAUCUCGUCUUGAACAAGAUGUUCAUAUAAUUCCUCUUGAUGAUCUCUAUCAACGUUUUCAUACGAAUCCACGAUAUGGUUUGUCAGCUGCUUCUGUCAUUAAUGCACAAGUUCAAUAUGGUGCAAAUAAAACCACACCACCUAAACAACCAAGCUAUUUACGGUUAUUUAUCAAUGAACUAUUCAUUGGUUUUAAUGCUAUUCUCUGGAUUGCCAGUAUUCUUACUUUCUUAGCUUAUAAACCAUUUGGUGAACCGAAUCCAUCGAUAACAAAUUUAGCACUUGCUGUAGUACUUAUCCUAGUUGUAGUUUUUAAUUCAAUGUUAAAUGUUUAUCAAGAAAUAAAAUCAAUUAAAAUUGUCGCAUCCUUUUCAAAAUUAUUGCCAACAAUUGUGACUGUUCGACGUGAUGGUGAAGAACAACAAAUAUUUGCUGAACAAAUUGUACCAGGUGAUAUUAUUCUCAUUCGUAUCGGUGAUAAAUUACCAGCGGAUUGUCGAUUUUUGAUCUGUGAUGAACUCAAAAUCACUAUAUCGGAAUUAACUGACAAAUUGAAACCUGUUACGCCAACAGUACAUUGUACGAGUGAAAACUUUAUGAAAUCAACUAAUAUUGGAUUUUCUUCAUCAAUCGUCGAGCAGGGCACUGGUGAAGCGUUAGUUAUUGCCACUGGUGACAAUACUGUUUUGGGUAAAAUGACACGAUUAUUACGGAAUAAAUCUAGUAAUGAUGUCACUGGUCUACAUCGUGAAGUUAAUCGUUUUGUUUUAUUUAUUUGUGUCGCUACUAUUGUCUCUAUUACCAUAUUGUGGAUCACUUGGGCAGCAUGGCUCAAUCCAGAUCAUCAUGAAUUUAUUUCCUAUAACUCAAAUAUUGUCAAUUCCAUCGGCAUGACAGUCGCAUUUUUGCCUCUAGGUUUGCCAUCGACUGUGACCAUAGUACUAACAUUUGUAGCUAAAAAAAUGUAUCGACAACGUAUAAUAGUUAAAAGCUUACGAAUAAUGGAGACUUUCAAUUCCAUCUCAGUUAUUGCUACUGAUAAAACAGGAAUAGUAACUCAAAAUAAGAUGACAGUUACCCAUCUCUUAUGGGAUACGAAUGGCAGCUAUAAAGUACCUACACCAGAACCUGAAACAGCUCCACAAGAAACUCUUCUUCAAACGAUUCGUCGUGUAUCAAGUGGAAUGUUAAGUUCAGUUCGUCGCCUAUCAAAUGAUGUCGUUUCGAUUGGACGAGUAUUUUCAAGUGGUAGUCUCCACGUACCACAACGCAUGCCAUCAUUCGAUGAUGAUCAUGAGAAAAAUCAGAUUCCGCAUGUGGCCAGUGAAGUUCAAAUUCAAGCAUUUCGUGAUCUUCUUCUCGGCGCUUGUCUAUGUAAUAAUGCUGAAAACAAGAUUGUUCAUCAUCCUCAACUUGAACAAGACAUAUCUAAAAUGAAAUCUGAAUUACGUCUCGUAGGUGAUUCAGCUGAUACAGCUCUUUACAAUUUAUGCGUUGACCGAUGCCAUGUUGAUUUAGAUGCUGUACGUAAGUUAAAUCCUCGUUUGAAAGUUUUGCCAUUUAAUUCAUCGAAUAAAUUUAUGAUAUCGGCUAAUCAAAUUGAAUCAAGUGAUCCAUCGGUUUUAGAAAGCGAACGUACCGUUUUAAUUAUAAUGAAGGGUGCACCAGAUAUUGUUAUUCAACGUUGUUUAUCAUACAAAACCAACAAUGAUGAGAUUUUACCAUUGAAUGCCGACAUGAAACAGGCAUUGUUUCAUCGACACGAAGAAUUAGGAAAAAAUGGUUAUCGUGUCAUCGCCAUGUGUCAACAAAGGUUGACUCAACAAAAAUAUGAUCGAAUGAUGGAACGAUACAAAGAAGCAUAUCGUUUCCAAUCAUUGGCCGAUGCUGAAGAUCUCAAUGGAUUUCCAUCGAAUGAUUAUUGCUUUAUUGGUUUUUUCACCUUACUGGAUCCACCCCGACCAGAAGUGCUCGAUGCCACUUUUAAAGCUCGCCGUGCUCAGAUUCGUGUAGCCAUGGUUACCGGCGAUCAUCCAACGAUGGCUAAAGCUAUUGCAAAACAAGUUCAUAUUUUAACACCAGAAAUAUCGGAAAUGAAUGGUUUAGAUACAUUCAAAAUCGAAAAAGACGCCAAUGGUCAAAUGGCUAUCAAUAUGUAUCGAAAUGAGCAAUUGUUGAAUCAGUACAUUUCUGAUCAAGUGACAUCCCUUGAUUCGAACAAAAAAAAUGACCAAAGUUCGAUCAAUGUUGAUGAGGCGCAAUCUGAGCAGAAUCUACCCUGGUACAAGCGAGCUUGGGCAUCGUGUCGAAAUCAAAUUAGUGAACCUAAAUCAAAUCUCCCAAAAGCAACUAAAAUGGAAUAUAUUCCUUAUGGAAUUGUGGUUGCGGGUACAGAUAUUGACUUUAUGGAUGAUUUUCUAUGGGAUUGGGUUUUAUCUCAUCAAGAAUUAGUUUUUGCACGAAUAUCACCCGAACAAAAAUUGCGCAUCGUUUCAGAAUUUCAACGUCGUGCUGAAAUCGUCGCUGUUACAGGCACUAAAGCUAAAGAUGUACCAGCACUUAAAUCUGCUCAUCUUGGUAUAGCCAUAGAAUCUGGUACAGAAGUAUCGAAAGAAGCUGGUGAUAUGAUUCUACUCGAUAACAGUUUUGCAUCGAUUAUUCAAGCAAUUGAAAACGGUCGUCUAUUAAACGAUAAUUUAAAGAAAGUAUCCAUUUAUCUAUUACCCGGAGGCUCUUGGUCACAAAUUUGGCCUGUUUUCUUUAAUUUAUGGUUUGGUAUGCCAUUAGCUUUGUCUGCUCUUUGGGCUACAGUUUUCUGUAUGCUUAAUGAUGUAGUUAUGUCAUUAGCAGUGGUAACAGAAAAGCCUGAACGUGAUAUUAUGUCUCGACCACCAUCGACUCGUGGAAAAGAUCAUUUACUCGAUAUAAAACUUCUUAAUCAUGCUUAUUUUUUUGUUGGAAAUCUCGAAUGUUUCACAGCAUUUUUCUGCUUUUGUUAUUAUUGGAUUGACAAUGGUGUCCCAUUGAAGUCAUUUCUGUUUACUUAUGAAAACUUCGGUCUUAAUGGCACUACUCCCUAUACAACGGAUCAGUUAAAAUCGAUGAAUAAUGUAGCGCAAUCUGUUUAUUAUUGUUCAAUGUGUCUUUUUCAAUUUUUCAAUUUUUUCGCUACACGUACUCGAUAUGCAUCUAUUAUUCAACAUAAUCCUUUUUGGGGUAAAGGUCAAAAUUUAUACAUUUUUGGUGCCAUGCUCAUAUCUAUUGCUAUUCAGUUAUUUUUCUCACAAAUUGGUUGGUUUAAUCGUAUUUUAGGCACAGGCCGCGUACCGGCCAAAUAUAUCAUGCCAACACUUGGUUUCGGUAUGCUCUGGCUAAUUAUUGAUGAACUACGAAAAUUAUGCAUACGGAAAUAUCCACUUGGUUUUGUGGCACGUAUUGCAUGGUAA